GAUUUAUUCAUUAGUUGUGAAUUGAUUUCGGAUUGGCGGCGGCGUGUAAAAUGAGUUUGAACGAACCUUUGAUAGAUAGAAAAGAAGAUGUUUAUUCUAUUCUUCGAACUUAUUACGACCAGUUUUCUUCAGCUGGGGGAAAAUUAGAUCUUUUACGUCCUGGAGCUUGCUUCUCCCCUCACAUUUUUGGGGCGGGCAAAAGCUUUGUAGGUCAAAAAUUUUUAGAGUUUUUAAAAAAAUUCGCCGACGAAGAAGAAGAGCAGACGGAGACGGAGGUUUUCAACAAGAGCUCGUCGGGAAAAGUUGAUGCGAAGAUUUUUUCUUGGAAACACUUUGCGGAAAACACUUUGUCAGUUUGCUUUCAAUUAGAAGAGAGCUUUUCUCGUGCUCCUUUUCCAAGGUUUCUAGAGGCUUUGAUGUAUAAUAUAAUUUUGAACGCUUACCGACAAAAUGGUAAAGAUACGGACGCUCUUCAGAUAGCUGAAAGGACGGUAAAGAAUUUUGAUAUUGUAGGGGCUAUUGAUUAUCUUCUCGAACAAUUUCAGAAACGAUAUUUAUUUUUGAUGAUAGACGAACUUAGCCACCUAAGUGACCUCACCGCAUAUUUUUUGAUUACAGGGAAGGUAAUUGUCUAUUUGGCAGGUCGGACUGCCGAAAUCUCAGCCCGCCUGUCUGAUGCUCGCUCCAGUAGCAUGAGCCUCGAUAUGUUGCGAUUGAAUCCUUUUAACCUCAACGAUAUUAAUGAAUAUCUUGAGCUGGCAAUUUAUAGUGGAAAGACCUUGAAGGACUGGUUAUUGCCCUCAGAUGGCUUGCAACAUCGAUUCGCAGAAUUAUUAAAAAAGAAGACAGGGGGUAUUCCGUUGAUUGUAAAGAAUACUUUAUUAGCCCUAGUAGAGAAAGUUGCAAACUUAUCUCAUCCUGCUAUCAACGAUGACAAUAUGGAAAGUGUGUUAGAUGAUAUUUUUCACUCUGUAGUACGAAAGACAACAACGUUUAUUGUUCCGGAGAUAUUAGAUUCUGCAACCCUUCUUCGAUAUCAAUUUGUUCUUUUCAAUUAUCAGCUCGGGACAGUUUUUCCAAUCAACUUUGCAAUUACUCUAUGUGGAACGACAACUUAUUUGAUGGAUUUGGUUGCAACUUUUGGGUUUUACUCUGAAGUUUUGGGCGAGGAAUUCAAGAUUGGUUGUUGUGAAUUUAUAUUGCGAGCUCAUAGCAACUAUAAAUUUUUCCGUGAGGCUACUGAACUUUUUCCUUUAUCUCCGUUUAGUUAUAUUCCCGACACUUCAACAGCAAAAGGAGUCUUCUUUGAAUUUGUAUUUAUGAAGAUCUUUCGCUUUCGCUUAUUAACUUUUCUUCAUUCUAAUUCCUCGCCUAUUGUACAUUCUGCUAUUCCAGGAAUUUUCCAGGGUUCUUUUAUUGAACAGGACAAUGUUUCUUAUUCUAUGGAAUCAACAAAAUCUAAUGAUAUACCCAUCUUGAGAAAUGUCUCUGGUUCAUUUUCUGAUCAUUAUAGGGAUUAUUUACAACGUUGUGGUAUUUUUGUUCCAAAAGAUGGCAAUUCUAGUGGUCCUGAUGCAUAUGUUGUAUUCCAUAAUGGACAAACACGUUAUGUUGUUGGAUUUUCAUUCAAAUUUUAUCACAAAACUGAAUUUUCGAAAACAAAUAUUGAGGAGGAAGCCGAACAAUUUUUUAAGGGAGUUGUUUCCGUUUUGAAUGACGAAUCUUUUUCAUCUGUUCAACUUCGUUUUCAGUUUGUGGUAGUAUGUACUAGAUAUGAUCAAUCUGUAGGUUUCUCUACCGAAGAACAUAAUAUUGUUGAAGAUGCAAGUGGUUUUGUGACUCAACAUUCUUCGGGAUCAACUUUGAAUGAAAGUAGUCGAUCAUGUCUGCAAUUGGUAAUUGUUUCUCAAAGGAACCUUGAAGUAUAUUUGGGAAGAGAUAAUGUCGAAACGUUGAGGAAAAUUGGGAAAGCAAACCGAGGAGAGUUUUCUAAAAACUUUUCAGUAUGGUGUGAAACUGUUUUUGAGUCGAUGUCCAAUGAAUAUGUUUCGCCUUUGGAGCAAUCAAAUGUUAUUUCAAGAGUGGCUCGAAAUAUAAGACCGAGAACCAAUGAGGAGAAUAGGAUGCAAGUGGAAGAGCUUCAAAGUGCUAUGCAAGUGGAACGAAGUGUCGCAGCAUCGAGUUCUUUGUCUUCGUCAUUUGAUUGGAAUACUUUCUUAAGAGACCGUUGUGGUCUUUCUGAAGAGGAUGUUGCCUAUUGUUUGCCUAAGCUGUCCUUCAUAGGAGUAAGAGAUUUUGAUGGCGUUACGACAGAUUUUCUUUCCGAUUGUGGUAUCGAUAAUCCUUCACUAAGAUUGCGAAUUAUGUUAGGAAUACGACAGUUUUUAGCAAAGUAGCUUUUAUGGACUAGUUUGUGGUAUGCCCAUGAUUUCCCUGUGGAAGGUGAUGGAAGCCUUAUAGAAGUCGUAGUCCUAAUAAAGACAUGUAAUUUUUGUUUUUAUCUCACUGCAAAGUCAUUACGAGGUUAGUAACUUGAGAUAUCUUACCAAUAUGCUCGAAUGCCAAUGUUAGUUACGCUUCGAGAGAAGAAUGACUUUGACAAGGUCUUCUGCUUUAACAUUGAAAUACCAAUCUAUAUAGAGAACCCUGAAAAGUUAUUGAUAAACUAUUUAAGAG